AAAAGAAAACUGAAAAUGAUUGACCUAACUCAUGGAAAUACAGGAGGACUAUCAAGAAGUGUCAGCUAUGCAGUGACCAUAGGCAUUGGUUUGCCUACACUCUUAUGUGGGAUCGGGAUCGUAUGCUACAUGAGUGGGAGGUUCAAAAGAUACAGAAGUCACAAUUCAAGUGGUGUGGAGGGUGGCGGUGCCACCUCAACAGUAAAUCCACAGCCCACCGUGGCUGCAACAGGCCUUGACAACCCAACCAUAGAAUCCUAUCCAAAAGCUGUGAUUGGUGAGAGUCGCCGGCAGCCAAAGCCUGAUGAAAAUACAUGCACAAUCUGCUUAUCGGAGUAUCAACUGAGGGAGACAAUCAGAACAAUACCACAGUGUCAACACUUUUUCCAUGCUGACUGCAUCGAUGAAUGGCUUAGGAUGAAUGCUUCAUGUCCGGUGUGCCGGACUUCUCCGGCACCACUUUUGUGUGCACAGCCUCCGUGAUCUAUCUAUGUAUCUUCUCUUUCAUCCCUUUUCCUUUCUUCUUUCGAUGUAGCUGUUGAGGUUGCAAAAAUUUGGAAGUUGAAAUAGGUGUUUCUUUUUUUUUUUUUCUCUUUUUCUUUGGCCAAUUAUUGUUGUCACAAAGAUUUGUAAAUUUUUUCAAUGUCGCGAUACAUUUAUUUUGCUGCAUAGAUAGAUUAUGCAUAUCCAUUGUAAACUUGGAUAGAGGAUACAUGAGGUCUAGGUUAGCUACGUGUCAAAUUUCAAAAUGUAAUUCAAUCAAAUACUGCUUUUGUAUUCGCAUUCA